CGCCGUCGGACGCCCGGAGCGGGGCUGGACGCGGACCAGAGAGGAGAGCGGGGCUGGAGCGGGGCUGGACGCGGACCUGGCUACCGCAGACGGGCCCAGGCCGGACAGGGAUGCGCGGAUUAUCAACUACCAGAGCGAUAACUACCAGGAUGGCUACCACUUCCAAUUCGAGACGACCAACGGGAUCAAACACGAGGAGGUGGGCCAGGUGUUCUCGGGGCCGCUGCCUCUGACGGGUGUCAUCUCCACUGAGGGCAGGGUCAGCUGGCACGACCCGGCCGGCGUCCACAUCGUCCUCUACUGGCACGCCGACGAGAAUGGAUACCAGCCGCUCGGAAUUAAGAUGGUCAAACAUCAGCAGCCUCCAGAGGAGAAGCGUAACAUCGAGCAGGACUUCAAAAUGCUGCAAGCAAUGCGCGAAAAUAAGCUCAAUGUUCACGAUAAGGAAUCGGGCAUCAGCAUCUUGGAUGAAAAGGACAGGGUGAAUGCCAGAAGUUCAAUCGAUAAUCCUUCUGAUCUUGACAUAAUCGAAAACAGCGUGGAGGCAGAAGCGCUCGUUGAAAGCUUCAAUGAUUUGCCAGACCUCUCUAAGAACACUGUUGGCUAUGGAGGUCUAAAAGAGCACAACGCUGGUUUUGAGAACACUGUGGAUGCUUCAGGUCUAGCAGAAGCUACUGAGAACUCCCCUGAGACGACCGUCACCUCAUCAGUACCACUUCCUGAGCUCCAGACACCCGAUAACCAGCCAUCCGUUUCUCAGGUAACAGAGGGACGGGACGAAUUGAAACCCUCUGUAGCCGAGAAAUCCGCCAGCGAUGCAGAGUCGUUCCAGGACCGACGGAAGGGACCGCUAGAGCCUCUUCGGGGCCUAGAGACGGGUCCCAUCGGGUCACUCCAAGUUCUGGAAGAGAGGCACGUGAAGCCGUUUCAGGACCUGGGGGAAAAUCAGCUGGCAGAGCAGCUCCCUGACCAAUUGGAGAUCUCACCCGAACGACUCCGGGGCCUGGAGGAUGAGCCGCUGGAGCCACUAGAGGAUCCAAGGGCUCUUCCGCUUAGACCGCUCCAACGCCUGGAGGCUGGGCCGCUGGAGACACCGAGGAGCGUGGAGUCGAGGCCACUGAAGUCACCCCAGGACCUGGGGACGCCUCUGACGGAGCCGAUGUCGGACGGCGCGCUGCUGAAGCUCGUCGCUCUGACUGACCCCAGCGGCGUCCCAUCCGGAAAAUACCGCAAGCGCAAAGUGCGUAAGGUGAUUCGGAGGAGAAUCAUCAAACUGUGAACAGACGGUGGAGCUUGCAGCAGAGCACGGUCACGGAUACUUGAAAUGAUAUGCAACUUGCAAGAGGCGUCACUAUUUGUGGAAUUAAAGAUCAUUGCCUGAUAUUCGUGACAAAAUAUCUGGAUUGGUUUCUUCACAUAUGCUAUUUUUGUAAACCGACUGUUUGCAUUUACGGAUACCGAUAUGUAGCAAAUAUGCGAUUUUCAAUAGUUCGACACGUAUAUAGCCUUGCACUUAGUGCACUUCGAGUCUCCAGAAGAAGUGACAAACGUAAACUGCUCUCUAAAAUAAAUGGUAGGUAAUGA